AUGAAGAUAUUUUAUGUGGGGAAAGCAACAAAGAUCUUCAUUUUCAUAGUGACAGUGUUGGUGGUUUUGGGCCUCGUCUUGGGACUCGGGCUGUUUCGUCACGCCCUCCAAAAGUCUCACAAAUGUUCCGGCGACUCUUGCCCUUCUUCCAUUGUCUUCCCCACUCCUAAUACACCACCUUCCCCUCCCCCUCCCUUCAUUUGGUCUUCUAACCAGCCUCCCUCACCUGCGUCCAAUAACCCACCAACCGGCGACCUUACUCCUCCACCACCGCCUCCUAACACGAACCCAAAUCCCCCACCACAAUUUCCUCCUCCACCGCCUGCUUCAACUGCAGUCUUGGCUGCUCCACCCUACAGUCAACCCACUCCGGUACUGGUGGCUCCAGGUCCUGUGCAUGCUUAG